AUGAACCAUCGCGUCAAUAAUAUCUUGGAAAACUUGGAACAGUUACAUAUAACAUCGGAUGAAGACAUCCCUGGCACCAGCACAAUCUGUGGAAUACAUGAGGAAGAACAACUGAAGUACUACUGCAGAACUUGUGAAACACCGACAUGCAAGCUCUGCAAAUUACAAGAUCAUCAUAAACACGAAUGCUGUCCUAUUGCCGUCAUUGCUAAAGAGAUGAAGAAAAGCUUGGUAAGAAAACUUGUGACACUUCGAGAGCAAAACGUCGAACUGACUGACGACAUUUCAAACUUUAAAAUGCUGAAAGAAGUUAUCACAGAGAAAAACAAGCGAGUCCAUGGUGAAAUCACGCAGCACUUUGAAUCACUUCAGGAAAUAUUGGAGUUGCAAAAACAACAAUUCCUUGAUACAGCUGAUGUAUUAACAAACCACAAAUUAGGAAUUAUUGACAGGAAACUUGACAAUGAUCGGAAGACAAAGGAUCGUGUAGAAAAGAACAUUGGUGAUCUAGAAAUGACUUAUAAAAGUAUGGAAUAUGAGAAAGUUCUAUACACGGGGAAAUGUGUUUCAGCAAACGUAGAAAACAUCCCAUUUGCAAAUGAGCAACUUUCAGUAGACGACGACAUGAAGUUUCUGGUCUCAUCGACCGCCACUGAGGAUUUCAAGACAUUUCUGGCUAAAUCUCAUUUGGUGGCUAAUGACGUCUGUCUGGAAUGUUGCACUACCUCCUUAGAGCCAAAGCACCCGAAGAAAGGAGAAAAAGCAGUGAUAACUGUGACAUGUAAAGACAGUAAUAACUGUGACAUCAAAUAUGGUGGACAGAAAAUAAAAGCAGAAUUUACUGGAUAUGCAGCAGUAAAUGUCCAUGAUGAAAUUGAUCGUAAUGAUGGAACACAUGUGUUUGAAUUUGUGCCUACUGCACAGGGAGAACUGAUAGUGAAAUUUUGCAUCAAUGGUCAAGAAGCACCUAACUGCAUGUUGAAAACCACUGUUCGCCGAUCUAAACAACAGUGA